GCUGUCCGUAUGCUGACUGGUUGGGCUUGCACAAAUUUGUAAACUAUUGUAACCCGCGAAAGUUACCCGCUACCAGCCUCAACUAGGGUCAACGCUUAUCAACAGAUUCACAGCGGCACGUCGAGAACGCCACAAAAAGCAUAGCUAGACCUUGGCGUGCAUGCACCUGAGGGCUACUCGGAAGCUUGCGUUGCAGCUAAGCUCAACGCUUCCCGUGCUCGGUAGGUGAAUGUUGUGCUAGUUGCGGAAAGAAAAGUUGCCUUCAGGUACGUGGGCGUUCUGGUGGCCAAGGUGCUGAUCUCGGGUCUCCCCCGGGGGUAUCUUGGCUAUGGAACUUGGUGCUACUGCUGCGCAUGAAUGCCAUGGGCUUGUGCUCAAUCUGUUGUCCGUGUGAGAUCGAGGUUGAGGGUAAAUUACCCUGUUGGUAAGCUGCUCUUCCUCUUCUACCAUCAAGUUUCUUACCUUUACUCGCGGUACUGAGCAAGAUGUCUGCAACAAUGGAGCCUACCCUUCCGUCCAAACUCAAGGCGUUCUUCCCUUCGUCGUCAACCCCGCAAGGGACGACUAGCCUUUCGAUUGACCAGAACUACCUCAUUGGGCUCCGUGGCCUACUCGUGUUCCAAUCUUUCCUCUUCGUCUUCUUCCAGACAUUCCUCCCAGCCGCCCUCCCCGACUCGAAGAACGUUGACGGCCCGACAUACCAGGUUGUACUUCGCAAGUCUUUUUCAGUGCUCUUCGCCAACGAGGCUCUGAUCUACUCAUGGAUUAUCUUCCUCUCUGCGCGAACUAUCUGCUUGCCAUAUCUCGCCAACAAGACUCGCGAAGUCGGUGCCUCCAGUAUCUUUCGUCGCGGUAUCAGGUUAUGGAUUCCCACUUUUAUUGCAUACUCUUUCGCGGCAGCAGCCUUUAGCACAAGCUCAACCGACUACAUCUCCGAAUUCUUGGCUUCCACUGGCAACAUCUCCACCAUCGCACCAAUGCGCCUCCGUAACUUCCUGCUCUACUUCAACUCCCUUUUUGAGAUUUUCUGGGUCAACAAGCGCUACGCUAGUCAAGCUGCCAACGAUGUAUUUCCAUCAGGGACCCUUUGGAUAGUGUCUGUGCUAUUCCAGCAAAGUUACACCGUCUACAUUACCAUGAUUAUUGUCCCGAACACCCGCACUUCAUGGCGCGUCAAGGCCAUGUUGGCCUUCAUCGUAGCAGCAUUCUGGGUGCAGAGCUGGGCCUGGUACAGUGUCACUGGUCUUAUCAUCGCUGAUGCGGUUCUCAACAUGGACUUCCAGUUCCGGUCCCUGAAGGGAUUUAAGAUCGGCAACUUCGGCAUACCGGUCUGGCCACUGUACGCCAUCAUGGUCGUAACCGGUUUUAUACUGCAAUUCGCCUUUAUCUCCGGAAAGCCUAGCAUGCGCGACAACGAACUAUACGGCCACACUGCGCUAUACGACGAUGGAUUCCUGAACGAGAACGCUGACCUGGAUCAGCCAAUGCCGAGGGUCGACAAUUACCUCAUCAUCCUUGGAUCGAUGCUCCUCAUCGAGACGUUCGAGUGGCCUCGAUCCGUGCUUCGCGGCGGUUUCUUUGUUUCGCUAGGCAAGAGGAGUUUCAGCUGGUUCCUCGUUCAAUCCAUAAUCAUAUACACCGCCGGUAUCAAGCUAUACACACACAUGGUCACCGCCGGCAUGAACAGCGCUGCGAGCAGUUUCGUGUGCUUCUUGGUCUGCGCUCCCCUCGUUGCAAUCGUAGCGGAGGUUUUCUACCGUGUCGUUGAUCUGCCGAGCGUCGUACUGGCUAGAAGCUUCUGGGCGUUCAUGACGAAAUAAGUGGCGGCAACGGCUCGCUA